GAUAGACACUGUCAUGUGACCUUCUCUGCUCCUUUCGUCCCUUCAUCUCUUUCUCUUUUCUUUUUCACACUUAUUCAGUUUACUUACUUACCUUUUGGGUUUUGGCCUUUUCAUCUCUCUCUUUCUCUCUCUUCUGUGUUUCCGCCGCUGCAUAAGCAAAGUAGCAGUGACUCAGUCACUUGCAACAUUUUCGGCUUAACAUAUCAGACCCAUUGAACCAUCACUCUUUUCUGUUCCUGCUCAUGUAUCUCAUCAUGCCCCCUAUUCCAAUCUAGAGUUUUAAUCUUUUCAAGUUUCAACCUUUGUUCCUAUGUAGACACCCCACUUAGUAUAUCAUAGCCAUAAUAAUUAUAUCAUAUCUUAAUCAUAUUAAUCAUUUCACAAUCAUAACCAAACCAUGGGUUGCUUACACUCCAAAACCGCACAUCUUCACUCCCCUGAAGACCCUCCUACUGCCUUACCAGACUCCAAAAAACCCGAUCCAGGGAAUGGUGGUGAUGAUGUUGAUCAAGAGUGUCAGGUUCCAGCAUUCAAAGAGUAUGGCCUGAUUGAGCUUAGAAGGGCCACAAAUGAGUUCAGCACAGAUUACAUUGUUUCUGAGAGUGGUGAGAAAGCUCCCAAUGUGGUCUACAGAGGGAAGCUUGAGAACAAUCGAUUAGUUGCUGUGAAACGCUUCUCCAAACUCUCUUGGCCUGAUGCUCAACAGUUCAUGGCAGAGGCAGCUGGAGUUGGGAAAGUGAGGCACAAGAGACUGGUGAAUCUAAUUGGUUGUUGUGCUGAAGGAGAUGAAAGGCUCUUGGUAGCUGAGUACAUGCCAAAUGAUACUUUGUCCAAACAUCUCUUUCACUGGGACAAGCAACCAUUACCAUGGGAAAUGCGUGUCAGAGUUGCAUACCAUGUUGCCCAGGCACUAGAUCAUUGUAGCUUGGAAAACCGUAAAAUAUAUCAUGAUCUGAAUGCAUAUAGGAUUCUUUUUGAUGAGGAUGGUGAUCCACGCUUAUCUAGUUUUGGGCUUAUGAAAAAUAGUCGAGAUGGGAAAAGCUACAGUACUAAUUUAGCUUAUACUCCACCUGAAUUUUUGCGAACAGGCAGGAUAAUCCCAGAGAGUGUGAUCUACAGUUAUGGAACUGUUCUUCUGGAUCUUCUAAGUGGCAAGCAUAUUCCUCCAAGCCAUGCUUUGGACCUAAUUAGAGGGAAAAAUGUUUUGUUGUUGAUGGACUCUUCUCUAGAAGGGCAAUAUGCAAAUGAUGAUGCUACAAAGUUGGUUGAGCUUGCUUCAAAAUGUCUUCAGUUUGAGGCCAGAGAACGGCCUGAAAUUAAAUUUCUUCUUACUGCUGUUGCGCCUCUUCAAAAGCAGAAAGAGGUAACUUCUCAUGUGUUAAUGGGCUUAACUAAAAACACAGCAGUACUACCAACCAUGCUUUCUCCUCUUGGAAAGGCUUGUGCAAGGAUGGAUCUCACUGCUGUGCAUGAUAUAUUGUUAAAAACAGGUUAUAAAGAUGAAGAAGGUGCAGAAAAUGAGCUUUCAUUCCAAGAAUGGACACAACAAGUGCAAGAUAUCUUGAACACAAAAAAGUUUGGGGAUAUUGCAUUCAGAGACAAGGAUUUCAAAAAUGCAAUUGAGUAUUACUCUAAGUUGGUGGUUAUGAUGUCUGUUCCUUCUGCUACUGUGUUUGCAAGGAGAGCCUUCUCCUACUUGAUGAACGAUCAAGCAGAACUGGCAUUAAGGGAUGCCAUGCAAGCACAGGUAUGCAUACCGGAUUGGCCAACUGCAUUCUACCUGCAGGCUCUUGCUCUCUCAAAGCUGGGAAUGGAAACUGAUGCACAUGACAUGCUUAAUGAUGGGGCUGCCUUUGAAGCUAAGAGGUCUAACAGCUGGCGCGGUUAAAAUUCCUAAUUUGCAGUUCUUUGCUCACUAAACUAGCAGAGUGGCAUAAAAGAAUAUGCUAUUUUUUUGCCAUAAUUUGUACUUGCUAGAAUAGGAAUAUGUAGAGUGCUAGUUUAAGGGGCAAGAAAAAGAACUCUGCUAUAAGAUGGUUCUCAAGGAAUAUUACAGUAUAGAUUUUCCUAUACAAUUGAAUCCUGUAGAAUGAAUUUUCUCCAUAUGAAAAUAACAAUGUGUUUGGAUGGGGAGUUUUGAGGGAAAAAUUCAAUUUUUAA